AGGAUUUAAAAAGCUGAAAAUGGAUGAGAUGUCUUGAUGGUAAAGAAGUGCCUGGAGAUACGUGAAGAAUUUUACAACAUAUUUGGACCAGAACUAAAGGCUGUAACUGGAGACCCUAAGCGGAUUGAUGAUGUAGUAAAAAGGGUUAAUGACCUGGUUGUACCUAUUGUGCAGUUAUCCUUUGAUUUGUUUAACAUUCGUCACAGCCAAAUGUGGAAGGUUGUUAUGGAGGAUUUUGACACACAGGUUCAGUUAAUUGAAGGGGAAGCAAAGAACUUUAUUGAUGAAUCAUUCAAGAACCUUCGCUCUGCAGAAGCAGCUUUUGACAUGUUGUUGAGAUUUAAGCACAUCCGCUCACGUGAAGCUAUCAACAAACAAAUGAUGCGAAAAUUCAAUGAUAUUUUGUCACAGUACUCCAAAGAGGUUGAUAUUAUAAACAGCCUGUUCACUAAUAGUGCUAAUAAUCCUCCUGUGACCAAAAAUCAACCUCCUGUUGCUGGGGCCAUCAACUGGGAACGUUCUCUCUUUCACCGGAUUAAACACACCAUUGUUCACUUCCAGGAAAUGCCUGAGAUGCUGGCUAGUGAUCAGGGGAAAGCAGUCAGAGCAAAAUAUCUUGAAGUUGCAAAAAGGAUGAAAGCAUAUGAAGACAAGUUGUAUGAGCACUGGCAAAAUGAGACUAAUAUGAAACUGCAUCUUUUGUUGAAGCAAAGCCUGCUUAAAAAGUCAAAUGUUUCUUUCACCAGUUUGGGAAGUUAUGUUGUUGUUGAUCCAAAUUCAACUGUUCAUGAGGACUGGUACGAUGUCAGUUCCAAAUUUGAAGUGAAUUUUUCCCCAGAACUUCAAGAAAUUAUAAUGGAAUCCAAGUAUAUGGAACAAUUAGGUUUUCAAAUACCACAGCUGGCCAGGAAUGUGGGUCUUCAAGAACAAAAGUUUCUCCGGUACACCACUGGACUAAAAAACAUGCUAAAUCGUUAUGCAAAACUGAUGGAUUCUCUAAGUUCAGCAGAGACAAAACUCAUGACAGAACAUAUUCGAGAGCUUCAACGAGUUAUUCGAUCAGGUUACAGAAGACUAAACUGGAACUCAUUAGGUAUUCAUGAUUAUCUUGGUCGCUGUGAGCAAGCAAUUGGAAAAUUUGAAUCCCUUGUAAAUCAGAUCCACAAAAAUGUCAGAGAUAUUGCAACUAAACUUGCAGCAAUAGAGUCGGCAGAUCUCUUUAAAAGGCCACCACCCAAAUCAAAAGAAGAUCUUGCAGGAGUAAAGGAGUUUUACGAAUACGUAGAACAGGAACGAACAAAAGAUAUCUUGAAUUUAGUCAGUAAAUAUAAAGCUAUUGGACCUCUGCUGACAAAAAUGGAAGGUCUCGUUUUCCACACCAAUACCGGGAAGGCAUCAAAAAUGGCACUGUACUACAAAUUCUGGGAGCACAGAGUUUAUGACUGUCUCGUCAAAAUGAUUUUAAAAAAUCUUCAACAGAUUAAUGUUUCUAUUCUUGGAUCCAAUCCACUAUUCCAAGUUGAAGUUCACCUCUCUGCCCCUGAGAUUGUCCUAAAACCUACAGCCCCUGAAGUUUAUCAGCUGACUCUCCAGAACAUAAAAGACUGCAUGGAAACAACUAAGCUAUUUGUACGGUGGAUGCAUGGAUCCUGCAUUGAAUGUUCACCACAGUAUGUUGAAGGAGAUGAUGAACCGAUCAUCUUCAGUUUUUACAGUGACAUUUCUCAGUAUCCACAGAUUAUAGAUCAAGCUGUUUCUACCAGUCAAAAUCUUCAAAAACUUCUUGGUUCUUUAAGCAAGUAUCUGAAUCGUUGGAAGAAGUACAGAUCCUUGUGGAAGAUGGACAAGUCUAUUGUUGUGGAGAAAUUUGCAGCAAGGAAUCCUUCUUGCGUUAGUUAUGAUGAGAAGUUGCAGUUUUACACCAGAAUCAGUGAGGAGGUGGCAGAGCAGCCAAUGAUGAAAGAUGAACAGUGUAUUCGGCUCCAGUUGCGACCCUUGGCAUUUAGUGUCCAAGAAAAUGCAAACUCAUGGGUACAUUCCCUUGGGUAUUGUCUAAAUGAAUCUGCCAAACGGGAACUCUAUACCCUGAGAAGUGAGCUAGAGGAACUUUCAGUUGCUCUAAAGAGAGCUCCAGACUCAUUGGAGGAUUUGAAAUACGUACUGAGUACAAUUGCCAAAAUUCGAUCCAUGUCUUUAACUGUAGAGCUGCGAUUAAAGGAUAACCAGGAAAGAUAUCGGACCCUAGCAAUGUAUAAUAUCUCUACGACAGAAGAAGAGAAAGAUUUACAACAGAAAAUUAAGAUAAUCUGGGAAAAUCUGUUUGAUGAGGCACGUAAGAUUGACCGCAGCCUAGGCACUGUAAAGAAGAAGUUCACUAAGACCACUAUGCAAGAAAUCAAAACAUUUGCAUCAAAUCUUGCUGCUUUUGCUUCAAGAUUCCGACAGCAAGGCCCAGGUUCUGUGGGAGAAGAUUUGGAUAGAGGGCUUGAGAUCUUGGGAAAAUUUGAAAACGAGGUGGAAGAAUUUGAACGAAACCGUCAAGAAUUGGCGAAUGCUGAAAAGCUUUUUGAUCUGUCGAUUACAAUGCACCCUGAGCUGCUGUCACUUCAGAAGGAAAUUAAAGGCUUGCGACUGAUCUAUGACAUUUACAAGGCACAGCGGACUGCUAAAGAGGAAUGGUCUGAGACAUUAUGGGCAGAUCUAAAUGUACAACUGCUUCAAGAAGGAAUUGAUGGGUUUCUGAAAGCUUUCAGAAAACUACCAAAAGAUGUCCGUAGCCUCUCAGUUGGUUUCCAUCUGGAAUCGCAAAUGAAAGAAUUUAAGGAAUCCAUUCCUUUGUUAUUGGACUUGAAAAAUGAGGCAUUAAGAGACAGGCACUGGAAAACAUUAAUGGCAAGGACAGACACACAGUUUGAGAUGCGAACUGAAACAUUUACAUUAGCAAAUAUGUUCGCUAUGCAACUUCACAAAUACAGUGAUGUUAUAGGUGAUAUUGUUACCGCAGCCAUCAAAGAACUUGGUAUUGAGAAGGGUGUCAAGGAGGUUGUGGAUACCUGGGAAACAAUGAAAUUCACUGUGCAAAAAUACUACAAAGGAACUCAAGAUCGAGGCUACAUUCUGGGAUCGGUGGAUGAUAUACUUCAAAUUCUUGAUGACAAUGCCAUGAAUCUGCAGAGCAUGGCUGGAAGCAGAUUUGUGGGUCCUUUUCUGAAAACAGUGCAGGAGUGGGAGAGAAAUCUGUCCUUAAUUGGUGAAGUGAUUGCGGUUUGGUUGGUGGUGCAAAGAAAAUGGAUGUAUCUGGAGAGCAUCUUCAUUGGGGGUGACAUCCGAUCACAACUGCCAGAGGAAGCAAAAAAAUUUGAUAACAUUGAUAGAAUAUUCAAAAAGAUCAUGUCUGAAACUGUGAUGGAGCCAGGAAUAAACAAAUGUUGCCAGGCUUCUAAUCGUCUCACAAAUCUCAAGAACCUGAGUGAAGGUUUAGAGAAAUGCCAGAAGAGCCUGAAUGACUAUCUGGAUUCCAAGCGGAAUGCUUUCCCAAGGUUUUUCUUCAUUUCUGAUGAUGAAUUACUGAGUAUACUGGGGAGCAGUGAUCCUGAGGCUGUCCAGGAACACAUGAUCAAGAUGUUUGAUAACAUUGCAUCAUUGAGGUUCCAAGUGGGUAAUGAGAAUGAGACAUUGGCAGCAGCAAUGAUAUCUGCUGAAGGGGAGGUAAUGGAAUUCAGGCAGGCUACACCCGCUGAGGGGCGCGUUGAAGAUUGGAUGACUGCAGUCCUGGCUGAAAUGAGAAAAACAAACCGGCUAAUUACAAAAGAGGCAAUCUUUCGAUACUGUGAGACCAUGAGCAGCAUAAUGGAUGCCCGAGAGUUUGAAUGGGAGAGCCAACUUCGCUUCUACUGGGAGCGUGUGCCAGAUGAGCUGAGGGUGCAUCAGUGUACAGGAUCCUUUGACUAUGGAUAUGAAUACAUGGGUUUGAAUGGUCGCCUGGUGAUCACUCCUCUAACAGAUCGUAUAUACCUGACACUGACACAGGCAUUGUCCAUGUAUCUAGGUGGGGCACCAGCAGGACCAGCUGGUACUGGCAAAACAGAGACAACUAAAGACUUGGCCAAGGCUCUUGGAUUACUUUGUGUCGUGACAAAUUGUGGAGAAGGCAUGGAUUUCAAAGCAAUGGGAAAGAUCCUCUCUGGAUUGGCUCAGUGUGGUGCUUGGGGCUGCUUUGAUGAAUUUAAUCGUAUUGAGGCUGCAGUCUUGUCAGUUGUGUCUUCCCAAAUCCAGACAAUCCGCAAUGCACUCAUGUAUCAUCUGACCAGAUUCCAGUUUGAAGGCCAGGAGAUUACUUUGGAUAGUCGAAUUGGCAUUUUUAUCACCAUGAAUCCUGGCUAUGCUGGACGUACAGAGCUGCCAGAAUCGGUGAAAGCUCUCUUCAGGCCUGUGGUGGUGAUUGUCCCUGACCUUCAGCAAAUCUGUGAAAUUAUGCUUUUCUCAGAGGGAUUUCUUAUGGCAAAGAUACUUGCAAAGAAGAUGACUGUACUUUACAAACUGGGAAAAGAGCAGCUUUCUAAACAACAUCAUUACGACUUUGGACUUCGAGCUCUCAAGUCUGUACUUGUCAUGGCUGGGGAAUUGAAGAGAGGAUCGCCUGAUAUAAAUGAGGAUGUGGUAUUGAUGAGGGCUUUGAGAGACAUGAAUCUUCCAAAGUUUGUCUUCGAGGAUGUUCCCCUGUUCUUGGGACUGAUCUCUGACUUAUUUCCCGGCCUUGACUGCCCUCGUGUUCGUUAUCCAGAUUUCAAUGAUGCAGUAGAGCAGGUUCUGGCAGAAAACCAUUAUAUCGUCCUGCCAAUACAGGUGGAUAAAGUGGUGCAGAUGUAUGAGACAAUGAUGACACGACACACAACUAUGGUGGUUGGACCCACUGGAGGUGGAAAGACUGUGGUCAUUAAUACACUUUGCCAGGCUCAAACGAGAUUAUCAUUGGUGACUAAACUAUAUACCCUGAACUCAAAAGCUGUCAGUGUGAUUGAGCUGUAUGGAAUCUUGGAUCCUGUCACUCGUGACUGGACUGAUGGAAUUUUGUCGAACAUCUUUAGAGAUAUUAAUAAACCGACUGACAAAAAGGAAAGAAGGUAUAUUUUAUUUGAUGGAGAUGUGGAUGCUCUCUGGGUAGAGAACAUGAACUCAGUAAUGGAUGACAACAAGUUGUUGACUCUAGCUAAUGGUGAACGUAUCAGGCUACAGGCACACUGUGCACUGCUGUUCGAGGUUGGAGAUUUACAGUAUGCGUCUCCAGCCACGGUCUCUCGCUGUGGGAUGGUGUACGUGGACCCCAAGAACCUGCGCUAUAGACCCUUUUGGGAAAAGUGGACUAAUGAGAGGACAAGCAAGCAAGAACAGGUUGACCUCCACAAACUGUUUAAUAAGUAUGUUCCUUACAUCAUUGAGAUGAUAGUGGAGGGAAUGUUGGAUGGCAGACAAGUGGAAAAGUUAAAAACAAUUGUACCUCAAACAGAAUUGAACAUGGUGGUCCAGCUUGCUAGGAUGUUGGACUCUUUCCUCGAGAAAGAGGUGGAUAACUUUGACGUUCUAGAAUGCUAUUUUAUUGAGGCCUUGUACUGCUCUUUGGGAGCGUGUCUUCUCGAGGAUGGAAGGGUGAAAUUUGAUGAUUAUGUGAAACGCCUUGCCAGCAUGUCAGCAGUUGAAGCCUCAAAUACCCUUGCAGGGCCAGGAGAAUUGCCAGGUCAGCUACCAACUCUCUAUGACUUUCACUUUGAUGAUGUGAAACUGAAAUGGGUUCCAUGGACCAAUCUUGUGCCCAAAUAUGUCCAUGAUCCUCAAGUAAAAUUUAUAGAUAUUCUUGUUCCUACUGUCGAUACAACCCGUAUCAGUUGGCUACUUGAACAGAUGGUGAAAAUUAAACAUCCUGUGUUACUUGUGGGAGAAUCUGGUACUUCCAAGACUGCUACAACACAGAAUUUCCUUAAGAAUCUCAGUGCAGAUGUCAAUCUAUUGUUGACGAUCAACUUCUCAUCUCGUACCACCUCAAUGGAUGUCCAAAGAAACCUUGAGGCAAAUGUAGAGAAACGAACCAAAGUUACCUAUGGACCACCUAUGGGAAAGCGUCUGUUAGUCUUCAUUGAUGACAUGAACAUGCCACGGGUUGACGAGUAUGGCACACAGCAACCCAUAGCCCUGCUGAAACUACUCCUGGAGAAAGGUGGAAUGUAUGAUCGUGCAAAGGAACUGAAUUAUAAGAUCCUGAAAGACUUAGGCUUUGUUGCUGCAAUGGGAAAAGCAGGUGGUGGACGAAAUGAAGUGGAUCCUAGAUUUAUCUCACUGUUUUGUGUCUUCAAUGUGACAUUCCCAGCACAGGAAUCGCUGUUUUCAAUUUAUACUUCAAUUCUUAAAGGACAUACCCUGACAUUUACAGAAGAACUUCAAGCAAUUUGCAGUAAGGUGACAGCUGCUACUCUACAGUUGUACGAGUCAAUUGUAGUGGACCUGCCUCCAACCCCUUCGAAGUUUCAUUACAUUUUCAAUCUGCGAGACCUCUCUAGGGUGUACAACGGACUUGUCCUUGCAACUCCUGAGAGAUUUCAGACAGUUGGACAAAUGAUCAGACUCUGGAGGAAUGAAUGUCUUCGAGUGUUCCAUGACAGGCUCAUUAAUGAAAUAGACAAAACACUGGUUCAAGGUCAUAUUGCAAAAUUAAUAGAGGAACAUUUCCCAAGUGUAUUGGAGCAAGCUAUAAGGGAUCCAAUACUGUUUGGAGACUAUCGAACUUUCAUGAAUGAGGGAGAGCCUCGUAUAUAUGAAGAUAUUCAGGAUUAUGAGGCAGCUAAAGCUCUGUUUCAGGAAAUUUUGGAAGAGUACAACGAAUUCAAGGCUGUUUUGAAACUGGUGCUAUUUGAUGAUGCUCUGGAACACUUGACCCGUAUUCAUCGCAUUAUCAGGAUGGACCGUGGCCAUGCCCUGCUUGUAGGUGUUGGUGGAUCAGGCAAGCAGUCUCUUACUAAACUGGCAACGUUCACAGCUAAUUGUGAGAUUUUUGAAAUUGUGCUGAGUCGUGGUUAUGGAGAAACUAACUUACGGGAUGAUUUGAAAGCCCUGUAUCUGAAACUAGGAAUUGAGAACAAGCCAACAGUCUUUCUCUUUACGGAUGCACAUGUGGCGGAGGAAGGAUUCUUGGAGCUGAUAAAUAACAUGUUAACGUCAGGAAUUGUCCCAGCACUUUUUCCAGAUGAGGAGAAGGAGCCCAUUUUAGGACAGAUAAGAGAUGAAGCUAUGAAAGCUGGUGCUAGUCCAGCAAAAGAGAGUAUCUGGCAAUAUUUUGUUAAUAAGAGUGCCAAUAACCUGCACAUUGUAAUGGGUAUGUCACCCGUUGGUGAAACACUCAGGACACGAUGCAGAAACUUUCCAGGUUUGGUGAACAACACUGGGAUCGACUGGUUUUUACCUUGGCCUCCUCAGGCUCUGCUUGCAGUUGCACAGUCAUUCCUAGGAAAGAAUCCAAUGAUUCCUAGUGAUCAAUUUGAGAAUGUGAUAGACCAUGUAGUUAUGGUGCAUGGGUCUGUCGAAAAGUACAGCCUGCUAUUCUUGCAGAAGCUAAGGCGCAGCAAUUAUGUCACUCCAAAAAACUACCUGGACUUCAUCCAUACAUAUGCCAGAUUACUGGAUGAGAAGGAUCAAUUUAUUUUGGCUCAAUGUAAGCGUUUGGAGGGAGGUUUGGAUAAGUUAAAGGAAGCCAGUAUUCAGUUAGCAGAGUUAAACUUGAAACUUGCAGAACAAAAGAUUAUAUUGGCAGAGAAAACAGAAGCCUGUGAAGCUCUAUUGGCAGAAAUUUCCAUCAACACUGCUGUUGCUGAGGAGAAGAAGCAGCUUGCAGAAGAGAAAGCUUUUGAGAUAGAGGAACAGAAUAAGGUGAUAGCAGUGGAAAAGCAGGAUGCAGAAAAUUCCUUGGCUGAAGCUUUGCCUGCUUUGGAGGCUGCCAGAGUAGCAUUGCAGAGUUUGGAUAAGUCUGAUGUCACUGAGAUCAGGUCAUUUGCAAAGCCACCGAGACAAGUACAAACUGUUUGCGAAUGUAUCCUUGUCAUGAGAGGAUAUAAAGAGAUUAACUGGAAAUCUGCCAAAGGCAUGAUGUCAGAGGCAAACUUCUUAAAGGUCCUAAUGGAAAUGGAUUGUGAUGCUAUUGGACAGAAUCAAGUCAAAACCGUAAAAGGUUUUCUCAAGAAUCUGAACACCUCAUUUGAUGAAAUGCAGGCCAUCAGCAGAGCAGGGGCUGGCAUGUUGAAGUUUGUGGAAGCUGUCAUGGGCUAUUGUGAUGUGGCUAGAGAAAUCAAACCCAAACGAGAAAAGGUUGCCAGGUUAGAACGUAAUUACUAUCAAAGCAAACGUGAUCUGGAAAAAAUCCAGGCAGAGCUGGCAGCUAUACAGAGGGAACUUCAAGCACUGAGUGAUCGGUAUGAGGCUGCAAUGAGAGAUAAGCAACAGCUUCAAGAAGAAGCAGAAAUCAUGGAACGGCGAUUGGUGGCAGCAGACAAGCUCAUCUCUGGUUUGGGAUCUGAAAAUGUUCGAUGGACAAAGGACUUGGAGGAUCUAAAGACACGUAGAGUGAGAUUACUUGGAGAUUGUCUGAUUUGUGCUGCUUUUCUAAGUUAUGAAGGAGCUUUCAGCUCAGAGUUCCGCAGUGAUAUGGUUUACCAUGAAUGGCAGAAUGAUGUGCUGAGACGCCAAAUUCCACUGAGUCAACCAUUUCGUUUGGAAAACUUGCUAACAGAUGAAGUUGAAAUUAGCAGGUGGGGCUCAGAAGGCUUGCCACCUGAUGAGCUGUCUGUUCAAAAUGGAAUCCUUACAACACAAGCUAGCCGAUUCCCAUUGUGUAUCGAUCCUCAGCAGCAAGCCUUAAACUGGGUUAAAAGAAAGGAAGCAAAGACCAAUUUAAAGAUUUCUUCAUUUAAUGAUCCUGAUUUCCUGAAACAAUUAGAAAUGGCUAUCAAGUAUGGAUUUCCCUUCUUGUUCCAAGAUGUUGAUGAAUACAUUGAUCCAGUGAUUGAUAAUGUUCUGGAGAAGAACAUUGAAGGGCAGCAGGGACGUUAUUUUAUUGUGCUUGGUGACAAAGAGGUUGACUAUGAUCCUAACUUCAAACUGUACCUUAAUACAAAGCUGUCGAACCCCAAGUACCAGCCUUCAGUUUUUGGGAAGUCCAUGGUGAUAAAUUAUACUGUGACAUUAAGUGGCUUGGAAGACCAAUUGUUAAGUGUUAUUGUGGCCUUUGAGCGGAAGGAACUUGAGGAACAGAGAGAACGUUUGAUCAAGGAGACCAGUGAGAACAAGAAACUACUGAAGGAUCUCGAGGAUUCUCUGUUACGGGAACUGGCAACUUCCACCGGAAACAUGCUAGACAAUGUCGAACUUGUUGAAACUCUAGAAGAGACAAAGACUAAAGCGACUGAGGUGAUGGAGAAACUAGUACUAGCUGAAAAAACUGCAAUAGAUAUUGACAAGUUACGUGAUGGAUAUCGACCAGCAGCCAAGAGGGGUGCAAUUUUGUUUUUUGUCCUAGCAGAGAUGGCAGUUGUUAACAGCAUGUACCAAUAUUCUUUGGCAUCAUUCCUUGAAGUCUUUGAUUUAUCUCUGCGUAAAUCUUUGCCUGAUUCUAUACUUCAAAAGCGACUGAGGAACAUCAUGAAAGCACUGACCCUUAAUAUGUACAACUAUGGCUGCACAGGUCUGUUUGAGCGUCAUAAAUUACUUUUCUCAUUCAACAUGACAAUAAAGAUUGAGCAGGCGGAACAUCGGAUUCCUCAGGAAGAACUGGAAUUUUUUUUGAAAGGAAACAUUUCUCUGGAAAAAAGCAAGCGAGCAAAACCAUGCCAUUGGCUCCCAGACCAAGGCUGGGAGGAUAUUAUCCGUCUAGCAGAGGCUUUCCCAGAGAAGUUUGGAACACUUCCAGAUGAUUUGCAGAUGCAUCAGACAGAUUGGCAAGUUUCAAUUUUCCCCAGGUUUGUUCAACCACCCGUCAUUAGUUUUGAGGCCAUCUUUGAGCAAAGCACACCAAAUUCUCCCAUUGUCUUUAUCCUGAGUCCUGGCUCGGACCCAGCAUCUGACCUCUUAAAGUUGGCUGAGAGGUCAGGUUUUGGAACAAGCAGACUUAAAUUCCUUGCUAUGGGACAAGGGCAAGAAAAGGUAGCACUGCAGUUGCUGGAGACAGCUGUAGCCCGUGGGCAGUGGCUGAUGUUACAGAACUGUCAUCUUCUUGUCAAAUGGUUGAAAGAGCUGGAGAAAGCACUGGAACUAAUACACAAACCCCAUCCUGAUUUCCGUUUGUGGCUCACCACUGACCCAAUCCAAGACUUUCCCAUUGGAAUACUUCAGAACUCAUUGAAGGUCGUUACAGAACCACCCAAUGGUCUCAAGCUGAACAUGAGAGCUACUUAUUUCAAGAUCAGUCAUGAAGCCUUGAACUCGUGCCCCCACACGGCCUACAAGUCACUCAUCUACGUGUUGGCAUUCUUCCAUGCUGUUGUCCAGGAGCGAAGAAAAUAUGGCAAAAUUGGGUGGAAUGUCUCGUAUGAUUUCAAUGAAUCUGAUUUCCUGGUCUGUAUGGAGAUCCUGAAAACAUACCUGACCAAGGCUUUUGAUCAGAAUGACACCAAAAUUCCAUGGGGCAGUCUGAAGUAUUUGAUUGGAGAGGUUAUGUAUGGUGGACGUUGUAUCGACAGUUUUGACCGGCGCAUCCUGACAACCUACAUGGAUGAGUUUUUGGGGGACUUCAUUUUUGACACUUUCCAGCCAUUCCAUUUCUUCUAUAACGAUGACGUUGACUACAAGAUCCCAGAGGGUGAAAUUAAAGAUGAUUAUACAGAGGAAAUUGAAUCUCUUCCACUUGCCAACACUCCCGAAGUAUUUGGCCUUCACCCCAAUGCUGAGAUUGGUUACUAUACUCAGGCAGCACGAAGUAUGUGGGGACAUCUGAUAGAUCUGCAACCACAAACAGGGGAAUCUGGCACUGGGAUGGGUAGGGAUGAGUAUAUUGGACAUGUUGCUAAGGACAUUGAAAGCAAGCUUCCAGUUCUGUUUGAUCUUGACACUAUCUACAAAAAGUUUGCUUUGCAAAUCACACCAACAACCGUGGUGCUGCUUCAAGAACUAGAGCGUUUCAACUUGCUGAUUGACCGAAUGUCACGGUCUCUGAUGGAAUUGCAGAGAGCUUUGGCUGGUGAAGUGGGAAUGAGCAGUGAGCUGGAUGAAGUGGCCCGCGCGCUUUUUAAUGGUCAUAUUCCUGCUAUCUGGAGAAGACUUGCUCCUGACACCCUCAAAUCACUUGGAAACUGGAUGAUUCACUUCAAGAGGCGGUUUGACCAGUACCUAUCAUGGAUUGAUGAAGGUGAACCCGAUGUAAUAUGGUUGUCUGGGUUGCACAUCCCUGAAUCAUACCUGACUGCUCUGGUUCAAGCAACUUGCCGGAAAAACAGCUGGCCUCUCGAUCGGUCCACACUUUACACUCAGGUCACCAAGUACCAAACUAGUGACGAUGUCAUGGAGAGAGCUGGACAAGGCUGUUUUGUUACUGGUUUAUAUAUGGAAGGAGCUUCUUGGGAUAUUGAAGAAAGUUGUUUGAUUCGGAGCAAACCAAAGGAGCUGGUGACUGAACUCCCUGUUCUGAAGGUCAUCCCCAUCGAGGCUCAUCGGCUAAAACUGCAGAACACUUUACGAACUCCAGUGUACACAACAUCGAUGCGUCGAAAUGCGAUGGGUGUUGGUCUGGUUUUUGAAGCUGAUCUCUUCACCACUAGACACAUCUCACACUGGGUGUUGCAGGGUGUCUGUCUGACCCUGAACUCCGAUUGAAGCCCCUGGCUGUCAACACAACAUUGGGCGUUAAUCCAUCAGCAACAAGGAGCAAUUAUGUGUCCUCUUUUUGUUAUUUGCUGUUUUUUAAAGUCUUAGUUUUCUUAAUGUAAUUCUGAAGUGGUAUAUUUUGUAAUUUUAAUACAAUGAGGAAUCUGAUGUCUAUUUUAAUAAUGUAAUAUACACAAUAUUCUGAAUAGUAAUCGACUUUUCAACAAAAAUAAAAUUAAAGGUUUGGGGUGUGAGGGAGUGGUGUGUGUGUGUGGUAAAAAUCCUAUUGGUCCAGGCUAAUAUUAAUUACUGUUCAGUAAUUGUUGGACACGCCUUUUAUCCUGUCAUUGGAGCUUGGUUUGUAUCUUUAUUUUAAAAAAAACUCCUACAUUCUAUUUUUGUUUUUGGAAGAAAUGACAGAUGUGUCGUCUUUCCACCACUCACGUCUUGCACUGACUCCAGUCUCCAGGAUUUCUGUUUUAUACCCAGCUGAUUGACAUAUGUGUAUCUGUCAGUAACACAAGGUACAUGACAAACCCUUUCAGUAACAAGCAGCAACUUACCAAGAGGAUGAAAACUCUCCCAUUCGGGGCUCCAUGUAAUGUCAGCCUGAUGAAUCCGAGAAAAUAUUUGUUGCUGUGAAAAAUCUUGACCGAGUUCAGAUUCCAGCUUUUAUCUACCUGGCUACCAUUUGUCAGAUGUAUUCAAGGGCAGACUGAAUCAGAGGAAACAUAGAAGGCCACUGGUCUCACACAAGACCUCGGUGUCUGUAUGUCCCAGGCUUUUAAUAACUUUCCUAUAACUAAAAUAUUUCCUGGGAUCUGCUUAUUCACUCAAUCUCCUCUGACUGGUUUUCACAAGAGGAAGGGUCAAGCUGGAAAAGCUUAGAAAAGCUGGAAAAGCACUGCAGGUCAGGCAGCAUCUGAGAAACAGGAAAAUCAACGUUUCAGGCAAAAGCCCUUCAUCAGGAAUCUUCACAAGAUGAUGUUCAUUCA